AUGUCAAGCGGAAUUGAGUUCGAAAUUUUGCCAAUUGAAGGUAGAGAAGAAGCACAAAAGUUUGCUGCAAAAUUACCAACAAAAGCAGAGAAGUUUAAUAGUAAGAAAAUAUCGUUGAAUGAACGAUUUGGAAUUCUUGGUGAGUAUUUUUUCGAGUUUUUUCGGAAUUAUUUGACAUUGUUUGCAGAAUUGGGAUAUUAUUUGAAUCCAGCAAAGAUUGAAAAUACUCAAGAAGAUUAUGUUGUGGGGAUUUAUGUGACUGGAAAAGAAGUUUUGACUAAAAAACAGUUUGUUCAAAAGCAAAAAUUGAUUGAUGCUGCUACGGCUGCUGCAAACGCAAAGAAACUUUCUGAAAAGAAGAUAAUUUUUGAUGAAAAUGUAAGUUUUCUAGAAGAUGGGAGAAAUGCGGUUAUUAUGACAAUUCAGGACAAAGAAAACUCACUUCAUCCAUCGCCAAAAAAACAAACUGAAUUGGAACCAACAGACAAAUUGACUCCUGAUGCAUAUUUCAACGAAAUCCAACACAAAUUCGCACAAUCGCGUAACUGAAAAAAGAACCAAAAUACGUGUUGACCCAACAAUUUUUUAUAUUUUUCCACGUGAUAUUUGUACAUUUUGACACGUUGCUUUGAUGAAUUUAUCGGUAUUUUAGAUUUUUUGGUUUAACACAAAUUGCGUUCGAAGAAGUUUAGAUGACUGAAAAUUCAGACAGUAAUUCUGGAAUGAUUGCCGUCAGUGUGAUUCUGCUGAUUUUAUUGAUCAUUUCUGUUGUGAUCAAUCUAGCUCUAGUCUAUUUGAUUAUCAAAUCCAAGAAAAGGUUCAUCGGAAUUUUUUUGCAUGUUAUUUAUAGUAAAUUUUCAGAACAAUACAAAAACCUUUGGAUCAAGAACAACCACCAGAACCAUCGGAAUUAGCUGUCAAAAGAUCGAAAGAAAAAUCCGAACGAGAAAAAGAAAAGGUGAAAUCUGAGAAACCGGAGCUGAAAAAAGUGCCAAAAAAGAGCGAAAACGUGGUGCCACAGAACAAUAAACGAUCAAUGAGUCGAGAAGAAGCAAUGAGAUCUGAUAUGGAUGUAAGAGAGAUCUUUGAAAAUAUAAAAAUGAUAAUAAUCGUUUUUAGAAUGCACCACCACCUGAGAAAAUGCAGCGAAGUGAACGUCAAAAACUCGUGGAGCCAAUAAGUCGUUUCGAAUUUUCGGUGGCAAUGAAUUGGAUUGUCAAAUUUGUCAAUGAUUAUUUCGACGAAUCUCACAAAUUGACAGUUUUACCGGAUAACCCAGCGAAUGCUUCAAGAAUUCAGAAAAACUAUCCAGAUUUUCCGGAAGAUUGUAAAGUUAUUCUUGAUGAUAUCAAGCAAGUAAUUGUUCCCAAUGUUAGUUUUCCCAUUGAGAUUCGCUCACAGAAAACAAAUGAUUUUUUUUAGAUGUGCCAUAGUCAACAUCCAAGAUAUCAUGCAAAAUAUUUCGGUCGAAGUCUAGCUGAUAUUCUUGGUAGCACAAUCUCAUCAACUUUGGGCACUGAUGUCAAUUCUUCGCCAAUGAUUGAUGUUAUCGAAAAAAUCCUAUGUGAUUGGAUGUCUUCAGCAAUGGGAAUCACAAAACUUCGCCAACUUUAUGGUGAUAAAAAAGAUCGUGCUCCAAUUGGAACAGUUUUCUAUUCAUCAAUCAAUGCACUCGUUUCACUUAUCCAACAUUGUAUAACUCGCGCAAAUUCGCAUCGAAACACAAUGGAACCAACAAAUUGGGUUGUUUAUUGUAGUGAUGAUGCAUAUUUUCGACUUGAAGAAGCUUGUAAAAUAGUUCGAAUUAAACUUCGAAAAAUUGCGACUAAAAAAGAAGAUGAUUUCGGAUUGACUGGAAAAUCGUUUGAAAAACAAGUGGAGAAGGAUAUUGAGAGAAAUUUGAAACCUUUGUUGGUUAUUUGUAAUUUUGGAUCAUGGAAUGUGGGAGCAAAUGAUGAUUAUAAAUCGAUUGCCGAAGUUGCGAAAGCAAAAAAUAUUUGGAUUCAUGUUGACGCAUAUUACGCAGGAUGUCAAUGGAUUGAUCCGACAAAACGAGCAAAAUAUCAGUGAGUUUCAGAAUUUUUAUUUUCAAUUUUUGUAAAUCCCUUUUUUUCAGCGCCGCUCUAGCUGAUGUCAAUUCAGUCCACCUCUGUUUCUCAACAAUGAUCCCAUUCAACGGCCGAGUCAUUAUAUCUUGGAGCUCGGAAAAAAUCGUGCCUGAAAAUGGCUCAACUCAAGCCGCAAUGUUUGGCGGAAAUUCCCUGCGUCUCUGGAUUUUGAUCCGUUUAUCCGGAAUGCGUUCGCUUCGUGAAAGUGUUCGUCGAAAAAUCACAUAUGGAAAUAUGUUCAGCGAUCGUGUUGCGCAACAAUGUGACUAUUUUCGUGUUGCUUAUCCAAAUGAGCACGGGGUGGUUUUGUUCCAAUAUUUUAAUGUGAGUUUAGAUUCUUAUGGGAAUUUAAAUUUCGGAAAAAGAAUUCCAAAAAAUUUAUUGGCAAAUUUUGUAUCGGGCCAGAUAAAAAAUCUCCAAUAUCGGGUCCGGUUCAAACUUUGCUCAAUAAAUGUAGAAAAUCCAUCAUCUGAGAUAUUUCCCUGAAAAAAUCCAAAAAUGCUCAUUUUUGGACGAAAGGCUUGAAUUCCAUAAUCAUUUUGCUGCUUAAAAUUUUCAUGAAUUUUUCAGUAUCUUCCAAUAAAGUCCCCUUUCUUCCAGAAAACCAUCAAAGAUCGUAAUAUUGGUGCAAAUGUUCUCACUUCAAUGUUCUUCAAUUAUAUCCAAAAAUCGGCACAGAUGAAAUUUUCGCUUGUCAAGGUUUGUUUUUACCUCCCCCCCCCCAAUUCUAAUAAUCUUUUUUUUCAAGUUCCAUAGUGAUAUUUUCAUCCGCGCAUGCUUCAAUUAUGAACGUUGCAAUGCUUCGGUUAUGGAAGAAUCGGUUUCGACACUUUUGAAUAUUGUGGAAGAUUUUGAAGAAUCGAUGAGUGAGUUCAGGGAAAAAAAGAGUCUAAAAUAGAGCCUAAAAUUUUGUAAAAAAUCGCGCAUCGGAAUUUUUUUCUGCAGAGAAAAAGAAGAAUGCGUUGAAAGAAUCAGCCAAUUUUACAUUUGAAAAUCAAAUUGGAGGAUCGCAAAAUGAAACUACUGAUAGAACACCGCCAUCACAUAGCCCUGAAAGAACUCAGAGCCAGAGCAAGAAUAUUUCGAAAUAA